AUGUCCGGGGCAGCUGUGUUCAAGCGUGUCCCACUUGCCGCUAAGGGCGUGAAGGUCUAUCAGGUAUCAUCAGCAACUUACCGUGUUGGAGCUGCCUUGAGUAUGGACCUAUCCGUAACCAAAAAGCCUCUUAAUCAGGCAUUGGAUGCUGCUAUUCAUAAACCACAGUUUUUACAAGUUGACACUGUGAAAGGAAUCCCGGUGGACACAUCCCUAGGUCAGAGCUCGCUAGUUGAUCCGUACCUUUCUCGGUAUAUUGCCGAUUUGAAUGUUCUCUACUUCGGCGCACCCGUGAAGUGA